AUGGAGAGGGUUGCGGGAUGGCGGUGGAUUGGGGGAUGGAUCGCUAUCACGGCUGUGAUCUGGGUUCUGUACGCGGACAUGGCGCACCAUCGAACACAGACGCGAAAGAAAAGAAAUCGGAUGACCCUCUCGAGUUUUUUGAAAGAGUUAUUUCCAGACACGGUCUCCCGCUUUUAUAUUCUAUGGGUUACGCUUCUCCCGAAUUCCGAGAUCUGUGCCGAACAGGAGCUCAAAUGCGUCGUCGAAUUGCGGCAAGUCGCACUCAAAGUGGAUUGCAUAUCGUCGAAAGACGGCCUCGCAUGGUUCCCCAGGCCAGCGCGCUGGGAUGCACAACACAGGAAACUGCCCUACGUCCAGCGGUCCCCGGCUGGUUUCCCAAGCGAUUGUAUCAGCGACUUCUUCCAGAAGUCGAACAAUGUGCCGCACGGCAAAGGCCCUCCCACAGCCGCAAUACGGAAGACUUGGUGGACCACACGCCAUUUGGGCUCUGUAGAAUCCGGACUAUUUCCAUUUCCAUAUCUCGCCGCUCGCCGAGCAUCAAAAAAAUUCGCUCAAGUUCAGAUAUACCGAAGCAAACGGCGAAGAAGGCCGGGCUCGCCGCUGCUGAUUUUGGCGGACUACCUGGUGUACGCGGGGCUAGUCAUCAUCGGCGGCAUGUUGUUCGUUGUCAAAGUCGGCGAGGCUUGCAAAGUAGCCCGAUGCGGCACGCAGAAUCGACAUAUGAAGAUGCACGUGGCAACCGUCGCUGAAGACGAUUUCGGUGUCGGACGUUGA